AUGUGUAUACUGUGUGUGAUUCAAAAGUGGUCUCGCCGGGUUGCUACGAUGCUACCUUGGUUAGUUAUUCCUUUGAUAGGAUUAUGGGCACUUUCACAGCUAUUACCACCAGCAUUUCGUUUUGAGAUUACGUCGCCAAGACUGGCUUGUGUUUUCGUGCUUUUGGUUACUUUGUUUUGGUAUGAGGUGUUGAUGCCACAGCUGUCUGCUUGGCGGGUGCGUAGAAAUGCACGGUUGAGGGAGAGGAAAAGGUUUGAAGCUAUUGAAUUGCAGAAGCUUAGGAAGACUGCUACGAGGAAGUGUAGGAAUUGUUUAACUCCGUAUAAGGAUCAGAAUCCAGGUGGGGGUAAGUUUAUGUGUUCUUAUUGUGGGCAUAUUUCAAAACGGCCAGUUUUGGAUUUGCCUGUACCCCCUGGUUUGGGGAUUUCGAAUUCUGGGAUUAUAAAGGAUUUGGUGGGGAAAGGUGGGAAGUUACUGAAUGGCAAAGCAUGGAAUGAUAAUGGAUGGAUGUGUGGUCAGGAGUGGUUAGAUAAUGGUGGUUGGGCUGGUGGGUCUGUUGCUGGGAAGUCUAGUUAUUGGAGGAAGAAUGGGAGUGGGAUUUUUGGAGGGGAUGAAAAUUGUUUGGCUGAGAAGUCGUAUUCAGGGGUUGUAAUUUUUGCUUGCAAGCUGUUGACGUCUUUUUUCUUGAGCAUUAGAUGGCUCUGGAGGAAGGUUUUUAGGAUUAGUUCCUCUGAGGAUGGUUCUUCUGAUGCAGAGCAUAGGGCGAUGUUGGCUAAGAGGCGUGAGAAUGGGGAAAACUUUCAUGAGAGUAGAGGAGAGAAAGCACGCAGGAAAGCUGAAGAGAAGAGAAUGGCUAGGUUAGAGAGGGAGCUCUUAGAGGAGGAAGAGAGAAAGCAAAGGGAGGAGGUUGCACGGUUGGUGGAGGAACGUAGGAAGCUGAGGGAUGAGAUAAUGGAGGCUGAAAGAGAUCGAAGUAGAUCAUCACCACUGACCAGGGAGAAAAAUACUAGGAAGGAAGCAGAAAAGAAACGUCAGGAAAGAAGGAAAGAGAAAGACAAGGGGUCUAGUAAGAGUAACUCUGAUGCAGAAGAGUUGGAAAAGAGAGCAGGUAAGGAAAUCGAUCGGAAGCGGGAUGUUGAGAAGAAGAGUGAAAUUGAACGCCGCGAACAUCAGAAAAUUGGGACAGAGAGUGUGAAAGGUCAGAACAUUGAAUCAGGACAUGGGAUUAAGAAUACACCUGGAAGCAAUUUUAACCGGGGCAAUGCUGGAUCUAGGUAUUUGGAUCGAAUGAGGGGUACAUUUUUCUCUUCUUCUAGAGCUUUCAGUGGAGGUGGUUUCUUUGGAAAAGCUACCAAUACUCCUGCUACUGUUACUAAAGAAAAUAAGCCCAACAGUUCUGUAGAUCCUGUUCAUGCUUCUGCCCAUAGGAGGGAUAUAUAUCCAACCGACCGUCUGGCUGGGAAAGCAAGUCUGAAUGGAGAUGAUAGGAACAUCUUUCGCCCUGUGCUUUCUGAAACACAACCGACAACAGCACCUAAGAAAACGUGGCAGCAAUUAUUUACACGCUCAUCGCCUGCUCAUUCAUCCUCAAAUGCAAAUGUCAUCUGUAGACCAAGUUCAAAACAAGCAGAAGUUCAGGCACAACAGUUUCCUCCACAAUCAUCACCAAUGCAAUCAUUUGAUAAUCCAAUUAAUUUUGGUCUGCCAUCGCCAUUUCCUGUCUCUGCAUUUCCAAAUGUAUCCAGUAGCACUAGUUUAGGUUUCUCACCUCCUAUUGAAACAAUUUUCCCCCGUGCUGUGGAAGGCUCGCAUGAUUUUAUAUCUGAAGAACCAGAACUUUUUGAAGACCCAUGUUAUAUUCCUGAUCCAAUAUCAUUGCUUGGGCCCGUUUCAGAGUCGCUUGAUAAUUUUCAGUUAGACCUGGGAACUGGCUUUGCUCCGGACAUGGGACUGGGAUUGGAAAGGCCUUAUGCUAUGACAAAUGUUUCUGCUUGUCCUGAAGUGAACAAGCCAUCUCCAAUUGAGUCCCCAUUGUCGAGACUACGAACUGCUGAUGAAAAGAAUCAUGGUUCUAAUCGGUUCUCAACUACUCCUAUAUCCCAAGAUUUUAACACUUUAGCUAUGGAUGAUUUACAUGGGAAUGAGAAGGGAACAUGGCAAAUGUGGAACAGUUCUCCUCUUGGGCAGGAUGGUUUAGGUUUAGUAGGUGGCCCAGGAAGCUGGCUUUUACCCCCAGAACGGAACAGAUCAACCAAGGAAGAUAUUAUGCAGCCUACAUCUCAGAAAACUAUGGCAUCACUGUUUACAAAAGAUGAUCAAAUCCUUUCUGGUACUCAUUCUCCUCAGAAGGUUUUUCUUGGCAAUGGCCAGAAUGGUGGGGUAUUCAGUCCCGUCAUUGGUUCAAGUGAAAAUGAGCCAUGGCUGCAGAAUGCGUUUUUCCCACCGUUAUCAGGCAGCAAUAGCCAUUUCUCUUUGAAAUCUCAGGAGGAAAGUGCUCAGAAUGAAACAACUUAUCAGAGUCCCACUGGAGCUGCAACCAACGAUGCUUUUGGGGCGUCUCCGGUGCAUAGUUGUUCCAAGAAUGAACAGGGUGUGCAAGGUUCUGGAGUAUGUGUUGGGAAGUCAUCUGUCACAAGACCCAAUUUUGGUGGUUUGUUCCCCACCUCAGAUGUACAGUGGUCAUUUGAUUAA